AUGGGUUCUUGUGUUAUGCUAAUUGUCGGGUUAGUCAAACAUCACCGACCUAGCCAGGUCCUCAAACCGACAUCCUCUCCAUCGAUGGCUAAUUCAGCACCAGACUUCGAAGCUAUAGCGGCAGGAGAUGACCCAGCGGAGAAGAAGCAAUCGACAACUGAUUCUUUCAAUAACAUUCGGGAAAUGUCGCCCCAGGACAACUCUGCAGGGGAUUCACACACCACUGCGGACAAUGAAAAUGGAUACUCUAGUCGUCUAGAGGUCGGUAAGGUCAAUAGACUCUUUGAAGUCGAGGGCAAGGAUUUAUCUGGUCAAAUAGCGGAGAAAGUUUCAGGGGAAAUAGCCGACAUUCUCUACAUUGACUUACCAAUACCGGUAUCCAAGGUUCGUCCAUUCGCCUUGGAGCCAAACCUGGACAUGCGAACCGUGAACUACCCAACUUUCGGCCCAAAAGUUCAACCCGCUACUGAGCCCCGGUUUGACUCUAUUGUCAACGAGGUUUUGUGCAGAGACGACUCGUUCAGUACUGUUGGGUCGCAUAAGGGCCACCAUCACUCAUCCUCAGCGAGAAACAUUGCGCCUCCGGCAAGUGGUGAUCACUCAAUAGAAGAUUGUCCCACAUCAUACAACUUAUGUUUCACCACCGAUAAGGCGCUCAAUUCCUUGGAUAGAAGGCCUGGGUCUUCUAAUGAUGGCGGUCCGUCACAUUGCGAAGCACCGGAAAGUACCAAUGACGCGCCUUCCCGAACGUUCAAGUUGCAAUUGUCCGAAAUAAACUGGGAAACAUUGGACAAGGCGAUUGGCCCUAAAUACCCUUCCUCAAAUGCACAGCUGGAAGAACAUGUGACAAAGGCUAGGAAGUUUGGUUCAUUUGCUGGAAGACAUGCAACUCCUGAAUCACAUUCUCACAUACUUCAUGCCCCAAUACCCGUCUCCAAGAUCCGUCCUGCUUUCCAGAGGGAAAUCGCGAGCAAUCUCCAACACCAUGGACACAGUUCUAUCUCCAAAGUCGGACCAAGCGUGGAAUUUCUGCGGCAAAGUAGUCAGAAUGGAAGGUCCUAUUUUAUGACGGACUCGGAUGAUCGCUCUCAAGGCAAAGAUCAGCAGACUCAGGCCCCAGGUUCACACGGCUCUUCGGGUCACGCCCAGACUGCAACCUCCAUGUUCGAUUAUAAGCGCACAACCCAAUGGCUGAAGGAUGUAUUGAGAUAUCCCCCAACGUAUUCACCAAAGUACACAAGGCGGCCUGGUCAAAAUACUCAAAAGUCUAAUACAUUGCCUGAACUAAAGGCAAUACGGUCUUGCACUACCUCCUCAAAAUCGCAAGGCAGGUUUUCCGUACCGCCUGAAAACCAAUUGCCAAGGAUUGACCGCAUUGGGUUUAAACGUGCAGUUAGCGACCUAGAGAAGCUCCUCAACGAGGCAUUGGCAAUUGCAAUGCAGGUUGUCGAUCACCCAGCUGCCACUGGGGAACAAGAUGCAUAUAAGCAGCAAUCCAUAAGCGGUCGUUCUCAAUAUCAAGGCACUGGAAACCGAGUGGCAAAAGGCAACGGUUCUCGAGCUACAUUUGCUUCACCAAGUGUGGAUGGGAGUGGUGGCGAUUUAGGUCCGGCAGUCGCUGAAUACGAGACGGUCCAAUGUCAUACCGGAAGAUCACCCAACGCCCAACUACACUCAGGACCCCACGAGUUGCUUAAAACUCACCCUUACGAGGGGGGGAUUAGCCAGGAAAUCGUUCAGGGCCUUGGACAGAGAGUUGCAUUGAAAAUUCCCCGUAGAAAGUCCGGCAAGGAAUUGAACACAGUUUUCGCAGGGCAACUCAAAAACGGAACCCAAGAAAUAUCUCGAGCUAUUCAAAAACUUGAGACAAAUCAAGCAAGGGAAUUCACGGCAGAUCUCGAAAAGCCGUCUGAAGAAACACGACCCGGCAACGGAACCACGAAGCCGGAUCAUGCCCAUGCAAGUCAUCCUCAUCCAACACACCGAGAGCUAGCUGCUGGCGAAGACAUUCUUCCCGAGCGGGAUAUUGCUGGUAGACCUUUACACACAGAGCAUGUCCAUGGGAACACCGGCUGCUUCCUCGGCCUAGCCCUGCCAACAUUUUUCCUCUGGCCAUUGCCUUUGUUGCAUGGACGAAAGCCGUAUAUUCUUUCCAGCUUGGUCUUAGCUAUGCCCCUUUUAUUUCCUCAAGCCCUUGCCGUCAAUGCUCAGAGGCUCAGAAAUGCUAUUUCAUGGAGAUGCGCUUUACUGGCCAGCAGGACGCUCAUGGGAGCCUCUCUUGGGUUUGCGAGUAUGAACUUUCACUCCAUCCUGACCGACUUGUUUGGAGCCUCUCUCAUGAGCUGCAACCCUCAUCAGGAAGUCGUCGAUGACUUUGAUGCCCGGCGGCAUGGCGGAGGCAUGGGUGUAUGGUUAGGCAUCUGGACUUGGUGUUGGAUUGGGUCCCUGGGACUUGGGUUUCUAGUUGGUGCCGGCAUUAUCGACAAUUACCCUCCAGCUUGGGGGUUCUAUGUCAGCAUCAUCAUUAUUGCCAUUGUGCUUUUUCUCAACGUUGUCUGUCCCGAGGUUCGCCGAUCAGCGUAUCGACGUUCCGUGGCUGAAGUCCGAACUGGAGAAGACAUCUCGCGGCGAGUAGCUCGCGGCGAAAUCAUGAUGCAUCGAGUGAAGACGGGCCCCAAAUGGUGGGGACAGGAGGUGUAUCAUGGCAUCGCACUUAGCUGUGAAAUGCUACGCCAGCCAGGAUUUGCGGUCCUGACAGUGUACUCUGCCUGGAUUUACGCUCAGGCGGUCUUGAUUGUCAUCCUUUUGGGAUCACUUGUUUCCCGGUUUUAUCACAUGCAGCCCACUGAAGUUAGUUUAUUCGUUGGAUGCAUGGCGUUGGGUGCACUUCUUGCAAUACCAUUCCAAAAAGCCAAUUUAUUCUCGCGGUCUCGUCAAGCUCAGUUGAACAGCAAUUUAGCCACACUGGACAGAAAAGUCGCUUGGUCAUCUCACCUGGUUCGUCGGACUGUCUUUACACUUCUCUUGCCUGUAGCUGGAAUUUGUUAUGCAGUCGUAUCGUCGGGACCACCAAUACACGUCAGCAUACCGACAACCUUUUCAGGAUUUGUUGGAUUCUUUUCCAGUCUUGCCAUCUCAGAAUGUAAUGGGUUGGUCAUGGAGGCUUUUGAUUGCUCUGAUUUAUCUCCAGGAAUGACUGGACGCCAAAGAGGCGGUUCCGGCAGAAAUCAGAAGAGAACCAAUUACUCAUCGUUCCCACGUGUCUCGGCAGGAUUUGCGUCUAUACAUUCCCUAGCAUUCUUCUUAGCUGCUGGUUCUACCGCUCUGGGCGGCCAUGUGACCAGAACACUAGGGCAGCAAGUUUCUACAGGCGUGGUAGCGGGGAUCCUGCUCAUAUUGACUGUUUUGUUGCUUGUCGUUCUUCUUCGCUUUACUGAAGUUCAAAUCGUCCCGAAAUCCAAGUCACAAGAAAUGGAUAGAUUGGUAGAAGCCCGUCGACGUUCGACCAUUAGACGAGUCUCCAUGCCUCAUAACUCACAAGCGAUACUUGAUGAGGAGAGGGCGUGGCGGCCGGCUAUGAUUGGAAACCCAACUAGCAAAAAACGCCGUAUGAAUAUUUUUGAGCUCGGUAGCAUGACCCGUUGGCAGGAGAUCCGGAAGAAGAAUAAGUUGAUUGACGCUGGUGCUCAUCUCAACAGAGAAGCAUGGGACCAAGGAAUGGAUGCUUUGGAUGACCAACUGAGCGACUUCAGAAAGGACGCACAUGAACUCUGGCACGGAAAAAAACGGAGUGCAAGAAGGUUGUGUCGUACAGACGAGAGCAGCGACGCCGGUCAUCAAAUAGAGAUGAGAACCUUGGAGGACCAGGGAAAGCGUGGCAGGCGAGAGUGUGCGCUGAGCCGGACCUCGGAUGAAGGAAUCGAUGGCAACAGGAGGCGGCGAGGAAAGCGUUGA